GAUCGAGGGAGAUUUAGUGCUGGCGGAAGUGGUGACGGAAGUGGCGACAUCGGAUUUGAAAGAAGACGCGGGCAGCAGGAAGUAAAUACCGUUUUAUUAAGAAAUAGACCAGAAUAAAAAGUGAAUGCAACAUGGCGUUAUUGGCACCUUACAGCAAAAUCCCCGAACUGAACACUGCGACUAUUCUAUUGGUGGAAAACGAGGAGAAGUUUCAGUCCAGGCUCGCUGACGCCAUCGUGCAGCGGCAGAGAGACUUCAACGUCAGUGUACGACUAGCUUGCAGACUUCCUCUUCCAGUGGAGAACAGCGAGACUCGGCCUCGUGUGGAUCUGGUGGUGUUUAUUGUGAACCUCCUAUCAGAGCGCAGUCUUCAAGUGGUGGAGAAUUCACUCACUCACCUGAGAUCAGAUUUUCCUCGGAAGGUUUGCUUCAUGGUCACUGACGCUCGGUGUGGUGCUUUGGCUCAGGAGCGGUUGCUCAGUGUGAAGAAACUUGCUGCGUCCCACCGCUGCCCUGUAAUCUGUGCUGAACACCAGACAGACGAUGGUGUCAACAUGGCCGCCUCCAGACUCCUCUCUGUCCUGCAGGUGUCGGCCGGUCUGUCUCCGGUGGCCACCACGGCGCUGUACCUGUCCUCGCUGACUCGCUGCACUGUGCCCUCUGAGCUUGAUGACGACUGACCUCUCACCUUUCGUUCCAUCUCUCCAUCUGUUACCUUCCUGGUAUUGAUCUCAUCCCUGCUGUAAAUCGGUCGUGAGGAGCAGGUUAAACAUCUCAGGCUUUAGACUCACUUUUAACGUGACCAUACAGGAAAUAAAUUAUAGGUUAUAUAGAGAAUAUAAUGAGAGAGGAAAUCCAAUGAAGUUCCUCAGUAAGGCCCCUGAACCCCCUCAGUCACUGAAGAAGCUCACUGUUAUGAUUUAUAACUUCAUAGCAGAUACAUCAAGUUUCACUGAGGGACCUGGAGAUGAGAACUCGGUGGUUAAGACUUUGGGUUACUAAUUGAAAGGUUGGGUCCAUUUAUUAUCUGUGAUUAAUGAUAGAAAAUUCCACUUUUCUACAUGAUUCAGGUGGUAACAGUGUCUGAAGGUAGAAGAUUUCCCAGUUCUGCUCCUGAGUGCCAGCAGACGGCGCUGCAGACAAAUUAAUAGCCUCAGCCCUGCAUUCUGUAGAUAUGCACAGUAUAUUAUAUUAUAGUAACUUUAAGCCUUCUGUAUCCUUUUUUUCCUGGUGUUUUUUAAACGUUUUGCAGUGUUUGUUAUUAAAUGCUAAGCUUUUUAUCUCA